AUGUACGGUUUAUACGACGAAUUUCAGAUCACCUUGAAUUGUCCCCAUUCUCCACCAAAUUCGUCAUUCACUCUAUGCCACGCCCAGGCGGCAUUUUUAUCCGGUAUUUGCGAAGCAAUGCUUUGCCCACUAGAACGAGUCCAGGUUCUUCUACAAGCCACCAAAUUUCAUUCGCGAUACAAAAACACACUUCAAGUGUUUAUGGAGCUGAAACAAUAUGGACUCAAGGAAUAUUAUCGCGGAUUUUCGGUGAUAAUCGCUCGAAACAGCUUGUCAAACACGCUAUUUUUCACAUUAAGAGAACCACUCAAAAAUCGGAUAAUCGAAACCAAACGGAUACCCGAAUCCGCUCAGCAACUCGUCGGCGAUUUUGUCGCCGGCUCACUUCUAGGCGCCUCAAUAUCAACUCUAUUCUAUCCACUCGGUGUCGUUAAAAAUCACAUGCAAGCCAAGAUUAAUAAGCCCUAUGAUAACGCGUUUCACAUUUUUCGACAUAUUUGGCAUCUAAGGGAUCGCUCGAUUCGAGCACUCUACCUUGGCGUUCACUUGAAUUUCACUCGUUCACUAGUCGCUUGGGGAAUCACCAAUUCCAUGUAUGGGAUACUCAGGCGCGCGUUGUCCACGUUUGAGUAG